UUAAUUCAGUUCUACAGACAGUAAGACGAUGCUCUAUAUCUAAUAUAAAGUGUCGACCGACAACAGCAGAUGAUUUGUUCUGAACUUUGUAGUGAUUUCUAUUCUCACAUUAUUUGGUAGUUUUCACCUGACGUCCACUCCUUUAAUGUGAGUCUUUGUCCUCACCUAUGAACAGGUAUCUUGAUCACGUGUAUAUUUAUUUGGCAUAUAUAUCAUACGACAACGCUACCAGCCUUACAGAUUAAAAUUUUCGAUUUGAUGGUGUUCCCUGCCAUAAAGUAAAGUGCAGGUAUGACCAGGUAAAAUGGUGAUGUGCUCUUUCUUGAUGCUCUCGUCUAGGUUGAUGGAGAACACUCUGUUAGUGUCACUCGUAUAGAUCAAGGCUACUUUCUCUUUGUACACAAUUGAUGAAUAUCUCGCCCAAAGCGCGGACAUCAAUUUUCUCACCUGCUGUCAGGAGGUUUUGGUGAAAAAUAUCCACCAUAGCUUAUCAGGGAUCUUAUAGAAAUCUUAACUUUAAGUACUGAAGUUUGUUUUUGGUGAUCAGCAAAGGAAACCUGCUGUGGUAUUGUGGUUUUAUUAAGAGCAUCUUUGAUUGGUACAGGGCGGUCUCACGGCCCAGUCCUUUAAAAUCUACUCUAGCCUCUCACCGGUCUCCGAGGCCCGACAACACUGGCCUUUACUAGUCACCAGUCGUAUUUUGAUAUUAAGUGCAAAACAGCACAUAUAAUAUUCAGAACAGUUUACACGAUCAAUUACCUAAUGUGGCUAAUUUUGAGAGAUCGGAGUUAUUAGGGAAAUAUAUAAGUUGGGCAAAAACUUUGAACUUGCAGCAAAAGGAAGCAACAAGCAAAAAUACUGCAAUUUGAAUUGAUGGUAAUACCGCAAAAUUGGUCCAAUUUGCCCCAGUGUUCUUUUGACUAACAAGUGGGGGCAUUUGUUCCGUACUCUAAUGCCGGCAUAUUAGACAUUAUCUCUUCUUGAAACUAAAUUCUGUGCAUGUUUCAGCAACUUUGACAUUUGGGGCGUUAAAUUGCCGAGAGUCGUAGAAAUGACACAUUACAUACCGCCAAAAUAGAUUGACUGGAACAGGCGGAUAAGGUUGACAGAAGGAAGAAAGAAAGGAGGAAGAUUUACAUAACCAUUUAAACAUGGUCACUGAUUAAUUUUUCUCAAUUGAAGAAAAUGUGGAUAUAUUCCGAGGAAUAUUUUGAAGUAUAUUUUCUUGUGUAGAAUGAUGAAAUCGUGUAAUAUUUAUCGUAUUCAUUAGUAAUUUUGUGAUUGUCGAAAAUUCCUUAAUCAAGGAUUAAUCUGAGCGAAUUCUACUGCCGAAAACAAUAACUGAAGUCAAUGAAAAACCCUCGGAUCCCUGAAUGGUGUACUGAAUGAAGUUAUAUUGUUUGGAGUCUCGUCAUUUAGAGGUGGGCCCGAUUGGAGGUAUGCACGGGCUAUUGUUAGUGUGUGGAUGAAUACAAAGCCCUGUGAACCCACUCUUGUCAAAUGAACCUAUAGCUUGUUGCGUGGACCGGGACUUGUACACAAUACCGCGCUCGAUCGGGGUACAUGGCUUCCUCUCACAGUCGUAUCCCAUAACACCAGAGGAGGCUCUCAUACUCGUCAGUAUUUGGUUAACUAUCCAACCAUGCAAAACACGUGGGGAUCAUACGCACCACACUCUCUAGCCUACCAACUGCCUCCUCGUUCAUACGACGUAUUUGCAGGUCAUGGUGGGGUCAAUCAGUUAGGAGGUGUAUUUGUGAACGGGAGACCGCUGCCCGAUGUGGUGCGACAGAGAAUUGUGGAACUGGCCCACCAGGGAGUUAGGCCUUGCGACAUCUCACGCCAGCUCAGGGUAUCCCAUGGAUGUGUCAGCAAAAUUCUUGGGAGGUAUUAUGAGACGGGUUCCAUUAAACCCGGGGUGAUUGGAGGUUCCAAACCCAAAGUCGCCACACCCAAAGUUGUUGAUGCCAUCACACGGUACAAACAUGAAAAUCCUACCAUGUUUGCAUGGGAGAUUAGAGACAGACUACUGGCCGAACAGGUGUGCACGUCCGAAAAUGUCCCAAGUGUCAGCUCUAUCAACAGAAUUGUACGUAAUCGAAUGGCAGACCAGGCAAAACUUGGUUCCCCUAGCCCGUCCAACGAUGCCUCGAGCCCCCCUCUGUCACAUACCUCUUCACCUAAUGCAGACUCGCUACAGAGGACUGGAACGUAUUCCAUAAGUGGGAUACUGGGCAUUCCAAAUCAAAACGCUCAAAGUAUGGCCGAUCCUUCCAGCGUGAAAAGAAAACGAGAAGACCAACCAGUUACAAAUGGGCAUGAACCGGAAGUGAAGUCAGAGCCUUUAGGCAAUAAUAACAAUGUUACAAAUGUAGAUAUGUGGUAUGCGGCCCGUCCACCAAAGUUAUCCCGCACUGAAAACGGAGCGCCACAAGAGCAUCAAACAGUGAUUUUACCAAAUGGAGCACAAAUCUACACCCCAGGGGGUCACCCCCCAACUUAUAAUGCUCAGUUCCUAACCGCUUCUACGUCAACAAAUGAUAUUAAAACAGUGGAAUAUACAAUGCCGACUACUGCCAUGGCGGGCACUGUUACAAACUCAGAAUCUCAAAACCCAACGGGAAAUUACACUCCAUCUAUAGGUCAACCCAUUACUACGCCUAUAACCGUUAAUACACAGUCUGUGAGGCCAGUCAUAGUAACUGUGACAGCGGAUGGUCGAAUUACGGGCGAGCACAUUCCUGCGGGAGAUUUUGCAGAAGCAAGCAACCGAAACAAUACAACUCCCUCGAAUAAUAACACCACCACUACAAACAACAAUAUAUCUACAAAUAUCACAGCUACAAACAAUAAUAACAACACAAAAACACCCUCCCCUAAGCCUGGAACCCCCUCCCAAGCAGGUGGAAGCAACCUGACAGAGCUUAAACCCGUUCAGCCCACCCUCACUCAGCCCUACCAUGCUCCGCUGCCGUCGUUCACGGGGCAGUUCACAAGUCAAGCUAACAGUUUUAAUUCUACAACGCAUGCAUCAUAUCCAAGUCAGCCUGUGGUGGGGACGGUUGUCCCUCCUAUUGUAAUAUCAGGAGGCAACUACACAUCCGGCACUGCGCCUAGUGGAGACUACUAUAACACGGCCGUGCCCUACACUCAGUAUAACGCUGUAGGUACACACUACACUACGGACCCAGCCUGGACAAUGAGAUACGGGCCCGGAGGAAUACUCAAUACUCCCGCAUACUAUUACCCCCCUGGUGUGGCCGGAGGUCGGACGGAGUCCAACACAACAGUGGCAACGGCGGCAGCAGCAGCAGCCAGCCCCUCCAAGACGUAGGCCACAAGUGACAGCGGCAGAGAUUUGUUUUAAUGAUGAGAUGUGAUAUAUCCAAUAAACUUUCCAUGUGAACGUUUCCCUGAAAGGCGGUGAACAUUGGUGAAUGUUGGUGAGGAGUGAAAGAAACUUGGAAUGCAUCAUGUGAUCUCUUCCCAUGUGUAACGGAUAUUUAUGGAUACACAUGUAUUAUGGACGCGUGUCAAACCACGUGCUAAGUGGACAGACGCAUGGAUAACACUUUGGAAACAUGCAUACCUCAGCCCCGUUUAUUUUAGUUUUUAUGCAAAAUGAAACAAGACUUACUCUCUGGUAUCUAUCAUGCACAUAACUCAGAUGUGUAUAUAGUACAAUUCCACCAUUGGUUAAUACCAGCCAGCCAUCUACCACUGUUUGCAUAGUAUUUACUCGUACAUGACGAUGUUUUUUUUUUCAUGUGAGCGCUUGAUGGUGAUUUUAAGAGUGAUAUACGAGAGUUUCGUUCAUAUGUGUCGUGCUGUUGUGAUGAGAAUAUUUGCCGGAUAGAAUGUAUUUAAUUCGAAUAAAAAUAGUAUAUAAUAGAUAUAUAUAUAUUUCUGUAUGAUAGCGACUACAUGUCCAGUGAAACCCACAUAAUUAGAAAACAUUAAUAUGUUCAGCAUAAUUAUAUUGUUUUUUUUUUUCAAAAUAGACAAAGAUUUAUAAUACGAGGUGAGCCUGCUUUAAAGAACUUUUAUGAUGUGAAUUUUGAUUUUGAAUGAAUAGAUUUUCAUGACAAAAUAUAUGAAAUAAACAAUAAGGUCGUGUCAUUAUUACACGGGGAUUUUUAAAUGAACUUUUCGCGUACAUAAGGCGAUAAAUUCUAAAAGUUCUUUUGCUUUGUGUUUUAAGAAAAUCCUUAUCUUGUUUUAUAAAUAAUUAUAUCAUGAAUUAAGAGGAUGGGAAAGACAUCUCGGAGCAUAAUAUCGACGAAGCUGAUUAAUCGCUUUGUUAACAAGCUAUUUCUGUCGACGUAAAUUAAAUGAGGUAGCAUGCCGUAAAAGGAUUUGUAUCCACCCUCGCUGUGCCAUAUAUGACUCAUUUUUAUCCAGUUUCCACGGUUCUUUUGAAGCAAUCAAUUCAUGUAUUAUCAUUUUAAUUCCAAUGUGAGAUCACGAUGAUUUUUUCCCUGAGUUGAUUUAGACAUGAAGAUAGAUAUGAACAAAAUGACAUUUUAAAAAGUCGCUAUGCCAAUGAGCCUCCAAUAAGACAACUAUACGAUACGGGUUUGUAUGUAAAUGCCUAUAGUCCACUUAUUUUAGCUUUAUCUUUCUCAAUUCUUUAAUAUUCAUCGAUUACUUUAAGUGGCUAUUGAGUAACACUAGUGAUGACAGUAAUGUUUCGUUCGUAGAUAAUAAUUUCUAAUUUCAAUGUUUACUUUUUGUUAAUGUUCCGACAGAUUGUAGGGUUUUCUUGCCAUUGUUAUGAGAAUUUGCUCAAAUAUUUCAUUAUUUCAUUUCUUGGGGAAAAAACAAAGAUUUGAUUAUCAUCUGCAAAUGUAUCUUUCCCUCAUUAUAUAGGGAUUCUAUCUUCCAUUGCAAUUUUCAGUACAGAUAUUACUGACAAUAGUUUCCAUUUUGUCUACUCAAUAAAUUGAAAAUCCAUGUCACGUGAUAUAUGGUAGUCAUGUGACUGUUUUGUCUUGCCAGAUGACGUCAUGGCGGUACAUAUAUAUGCUCAUUGUUGUGUUCUUAUAGGAGACCUGGUCUCCAUGUUAUAUGUUUUUAUGACAUUGUGACUAACCUAGUUUUUAGAAAUCCCUUAUGUAGCACUAAUAGACAAUAUGAUAUAUGGUUAAGUGCUAGCUUUCUAUAUAAAUGUGUAUUUUAUUGUAAAUAUAUAAUUCAGGGUAUAUGCUUACUGCAUUGUUCUGAGCGAAACCCUCGUCGAUAUUUUUAAUGGAUGCAAUAGAAUAUGAGGGAUGAAUCUCUGUGACAUUUAACGUGAUUUUGCAUCAAUGAAUGUUCAUUUAUCAAUCGUUCACACGGUACAUUUUAUCACAUACAUAAUUAUAUUCAUUCAUAGAAACACAAUUUUUGACAUCCUUCAGUGUUUGCCAAUAAACUUUUGUUACCUUUACUAUGGUCGAGUUUCAGCUGGGAGUUGUUUGUCGCAUGUUUAAUUUGUAUGUUUAUCAACUUAAAUCAUUUAAUGCUGACUAUCCCGUGAUUUGUGGUAUUUUGUCACAGAUAAUAAAUUUGAAAUCAUC